AGUGUCAGAAGUCAGAACACAGACGUCGUUUCUGUGGAACCUGAAUGUGAAAAAAAUGUUAAGAGUACAUAUUCAAUAAACAUAAAGUUUAUUGAAUUUUUUACUAUUAAAAUAAUAAAAAAACAGUAUAAUGAUAUGAAUUUAUAUUUAUUAGUGAAUAUUAAUUAACACAUGGACAUAAUAAAUAGAUAACAACAGGUAUUUCGCUGGAGCAAUCUACAGUACUUUACAUUAUACAAUGACCUAUAAUUAAUGGGUAAACAUGUCUCGUAAACGAGUUUUUGAUCUGCUGAGGACAAUUAAUGUUGCUGCUUGCCAGUGUCCAGCUCAUAGCCAUAGAGGCAAUAUACAAGUAACAAACACUACUCCUAGCAAAGAUUAUGCUUUUGAAAUAAAAUGUUCUACUGUCAGAUAUGGCCUGGGAGUGACAAAGGAGGUUGGCUUGGACUUGUUAAAUCUUGGAGCUCAAAAUGUUUGUGUAAUGACAGAUCCUAAUGUUGUAUCUUUGAGUCCGACUAAAGCAGUUCUUGAUUCUCUCACCAAAUAUGGAAUUCAUUACAAAGUUUAUGAUGGAGUUAGGGUGGAACCAACAGAUUCUAGCUUUAAAGCAGCCAUAGACUUUGCAAAGGCUGGCAAUUUUGAUAGUUUUGUAGCUGUGGGAGGUGGAUCUGUGAUGGAUACUUGUAAAGCAGCUAACUUGUAUUCUUCUGAUCCUGAGGCAGAAUUCUUGGAUUAUGUAAAUCAACCUAUUGGUAAAGGAAAAGAGGUCACUGUACAAUUGAAGCCAUUAAUAGCCAUACCAACAACAAGUGGAACAGGCAGUGAAACUACAGGAAUGAGUAUAUUUGAUUAUGAGGCUAUUCAGGCAAAAACUGGUAUUGCAAAUUCUGCUCUAAGACCAUUAUUGGCCCUUAUAGAUCCUCUUCACACCCUCUCUGUUCCAAAAAAUGUUGCAAUUUAUUCUGGAUUUGACAUUUUCUGUCAUGCGUUGGAGAGUUUUACGGCUAUUCCAUAUUCAGAGCGAGGUCCUGCGCCAACCAAUCCCGCUUUGAGACCUGUUUAUCAAGGAAGUAAUCCUAUAUCUGAUGUGUGGUCAAGAUUCUGUUUACAGAGUCUAGCCAAAUACUUCGCCCGUUCUGUAAACAAUGCGGACGAUAUCGAGGCUCGAUCUAGUAUGCACUUAGCGGCCACUAUGGCUGGCGUAGGCAUCGGAAAUGCAGGCGUGCAUUUGUGUCAUGGGCUUGCUUAUCCAAUUGCAGGAAAUGUUAAACAAUUUGUCCCCGAAGAUUAUGGAAAGGAUCCAAUAAUUCCACACGGGCUUGCAGUAGUCGUAACGGCACCAGCUGUAUUCCAAUUCACGGCUAAGAGUGACCCUGAUAAACAUUUAGAGGCCUGCAAUCUCCUAGGAACAGAUAUCUCAGGCAAAAAGCAAAAAGAUGCUGGGAACAUAUUGUCGGACACAAUAUUGAAAUACAUGGAAAUGAUGAGGAUUGACAAUGGUCUGUCUGGACUUGGUUAUACACUUGAAGAUAUACCACAACUAGUCAAAGGAGCAUUACCACAGCACCGUCUCUUGAAACUGACUCCUUUGCCUCAAACAAAAGAAGAUUUGCAACACAUUUUGGAAGAAUCGUUAACUAUUUAUUAAUUAUAUCAAGUAAAAGAACAUCUGUUAGAUUAUAGUAUAUUUUUAUAAGAAUGUAAUAUAAUUUUUAACAUUUACUAAAAGUAGUCAUUAAUUAAUGGAGCUAUUUUCAAAAUAAAUAAAGACAUGUUGA